CUUCCUGUUUUUAUGCACAAUGGACAGCCGUAUUUUGUAGGCUACAUGAAACCUUUAAAUACAGUUUAAGUCUUAUGCAGCGUGCUGUCAUGACUCAUUAAUAUAAAUAUAAAUAUAUAUAUAUAUACACACAAAUAUAACAAAUGUGAGCUUCUCGACAUGGAGACACCGUUCAGGUGAAGUAGCAGAUUUCUGAGCAGAGUGUUUCAUUAGUCUGAACCUACAGUAGGAGAUCAAGAUGGCAACCGUGAGCAACAAUGAGUUUAAACUGCUUUGUCCACAUGCUGCACAGCGUCAGUCUGCCUCUGUGGUCACUUUCUCCUGCCACCUGUCUCCUGAAAUCAGUGCUGUUAACAUGGAGAUCCGGUGGUUUAUGGGGACACGCUGUGUUUGUCUCUAUAAGAACAAACAGGUGACAAAGGGGAGAGGUUACGAGCACAGAGUGAAUCUUUUCACUCAGGAACUGGAGAGAGGAAACGUCUCCUUACAGCUGACAGACUGCACAGAGUCGGACUUAGGACAUUACCUGUGUCAGGUGACUGAUGGAGACAGAACUGAAGAGCUUGUAUUGGGAGUUCUAAUGAAUGUGGAUACGGAUUCUUCACAGGUAUCUGCGUACAUCUCUCAGAUUGAUAGAAAAUGGACAGAAGAGGAAAAAAUGAAAAUGGAGGAAUCUGCUCUGUUGGCUGAAUAUAAAUCCGAGAAUGAGAGGCUUAAUGAUGCCCUUAAAGAGAAGAGCAGCAAACUGGAGAAAACUGAGGAAGAGCUAAGAACCAUUUCUAAAUCGCUAUCAGAUAAAGACCAACAGCUAAAUGAGUGUAAAAAACAGAUAGAGGAUAAAGAUACAGAACUGAGAAACAGAGAAAAAAUCAUGGAGAAGAAAGACACACUACUUAAAGAUAGAAAUACAAGACUAGAGAAGACGACUAAAGAGCUACAGGAGAGAGAUCAACAACUGAAACUGAAAGACACACAGAUACAGGAGGAACAAAUACAAGUGGAGGAAAAGGAGAGAAGACUUGUGGAGAAGGAAAAAGAAUUAAAGGAGAAAACUGAACAGCUGACAGUUCUAAAAGAACGUUUAGAGACUAAUGAGAAGAGUCUUUCUGAGAGAGGUGAAGAGUUAAUGGACACAAAUGAAAAACUUCAAAAUGCCACUGAACAGAUUAAGGAGAAAAUCUCAGAACUGGAGGAUAUGAAGAAAGUGCUGAGGGCGAUAGAUACACAGUUGGAGAACACAGAUAAAGAACUGGAAACCAGUAAAAAUAAACUGGAGACACUGGGACAGGAGCUGCAGGACAAGGAGAGACAACUACAGUACAAGAUGAUCGUACUGGAACAACAGAAAACUGAGUUAGCAGAAAAAAACAAACGUCUUGAAGAGAAAGAGAGGCUUCUAACUGAGAGAGAGACACAGCUAAUGGAAAGAGACAAACAGCUUCAGGGGAAAGACAGACUUCUAGAGGAGAAAACAAAGCAGCUGCAGGAACAGACAGAUCCAGAAUCAUCAGCCCCCAUCAGAAGAAGAAACAGCAAGGAAGGGUUACCUCCAACAAUGAGUGGAGCGACUCAGGACUCUGCAGCACCAAUCAGGAGAAGAAACAGUAUUUAUGGAGAGCGUCCAGAAUUGGGUGGAGAAUCGUCUAGUCCACAUUCUCCAGUGUCGGUUCCUGUAGCAGAACUGAGGCUGGUGCUGCUGGGGAGGACGGGGUCUGGGAAGAGUGCAGCAGGAAACACCAUCCUGGGCAGAGAGGAGAGGAACCAGGCUGCUACAUCUACAGAUACAUCUACAUCCACCCAGCAGAGUGAGAGCACACAGGGGGAGGUGGCUGGGAGGAAGGUGACUGUGGUGGACACUCCCGACUGGUUCUCUCCCGGACUCGCUCUGGAGAAGCUGAGACAGGACGUGGGAUACUGUGUCCGUCUGUCUGCUCCAGGACCCCACGCCUUCCUCCUGGUCAUAUCUGUAAAGCAGCCUACAGGAGAGGAGAGAGGGACGCUGGAGAAAAUGGAGGAGAUGUUUGGAGAGGGAUGUUGGAGAAACACCAUGAUCAUAUUCAGUGUUACUGAUGAGCUUCAGAAGAAGAACAUUGAGGAGUUUAUCCAAUCAGGAAACCAGGAGGUCCUGAGAUUUGUAGAGAAAUGUGGGAACAGGUUUCACUGUCUCAACAUUGAGGAGAGUGGAGAUGCUUCUCAGGUCUCAGAGCUGCUGGAGAAGAUAGAGAAGAUGGUGGAAGGAAGCAGAGAGAAAUUCUACAGCAGUGAGAUCUACCUGGAGACAGAAUCUCAGAUUAGAGCAAUGGAGACAAAGAUCCUGAAGGAAAGAGAAGAGAAAAGGAUCAGAGAGGAGAUGGAACUGAAGGAAAAAAUAAAAAAGGAGGUGCAGGACUCUCUGAGAAAGAUGGAGGGAAAGAUUCAGGAGCAUGAAGGAGACAUCAGACAACUUAAUGACCGAACAUCUGAACUGGAGAGAAAGAUGAAAGAAGAGAAGGAUGAGGAGAAAAAGACAGAACUUGAGAAGGAGCUGAAACGAGAGGUAGAGCGAAGGACAGAGAUGGAAGGAAAGGUGAAAAAACUGAAAGAAAAGAGAGAGAGGGAGAGGAGAGAGAUUGAGGAGAGGCACCAACAGGAGAUGGAGGAGAUCAGGGAGGUGUAUGAAGGAGAGGUCAGGAUGGAGGCAGAGAGAAACCUCAUGAAGAUCAUACUACCUGAACUCCAGCGAAACAUUUUGGCCUCAAAAAUGAAGAUGCAGGAAGAGUUCAACAGACAGAUGGAGGAGAAGAACAGAGAGCUGGAGAGCUUUAAACAGAGACUUUCAGUGCUCACAGAGACUCACAGUCUGCUUGAAGAGGUUUAUGAGAAAACUGUGAGAAGCAGCUCAGAACCAGAGAGAGCAGCUCUAACAGGAGAGGCAUCGAAGGGAAUGUCUCAGAGAUAUAAAGACUUUUUAUUAUUAUUAUUAAAUGUAAGUACCAGUAAUAAUUAUUAUUAUUAUUAUCACCGGCAAACUUGCUUCAGUAUGGAUGAGUUUAAACUGCUUUGUCCACAUGCUGCACAGCGUCAGUCUGCCUCUGUGGUCACUUUCUCCUGCCACCUGUCUCCUGAAAUCAGUGCUGUUAACAUGGAGAUCCGGUGGUUUAAGGAGACACGCUGUGUUUGUCUCUAUAAGAACAAACAGGUGACAGAGGGGAGAGGUUACGAGCACAGAGUGAAUCUUUUCACUCAGGAACUGGAGAGAGGAAACGUCUCCUUACAGCUGACAGACUGCACAGAGUCGGACUUAGGACAUUACCUGUGUCAGGUGACUGAUGGAGACAGAACUGAAGAGCUUGUAUUGGGAGUUCUAAUGAAUGUGGAUACGGAUUCUUCACAGGGAUCUGCCUACAUCUCUCAGAUUGAUAGAAAAUGGACAGAAGAGGAAAAAAUGAAAAUGGAGGAAUCUGCUCUGUUGACUGAAUAUAAAUCCGAGAAUGAGAGGCUUAAUGAUGCCCUUAAGGAGAAGAGCAGCAAACUGGAGAAAACUGAGGAAGAGCUAAGAACCAUUUCUAAAUCGCUAUCAGAUAAAGACCAACAGCUAAAUGAGUGUAAAAAACAGAUAGAGGAUAAAGAUACAGAACUGAGAAACAGAGAAAAAAUCAUGGAGAAGAAAGACACACUACUUAAAGAUAGAAAUACAAGACUAAAGAAGACGACUGAAGCACUACAGGAGAGAGACAGAGCACUACAGGAGAGAGACAGAGCACUACAGGAGAGAGAUCAACAACUGAAACUGAAAGACACACAGAUACAGGAGGCACGAACACAAGUGGAGGAAAAGGAGAGAAGACUUGUGGAGAAGGAAAAAGAAUUAAAGGAGAAAAAUGAACAGCUGAAGGUAAAAGACACACAGCUGAAAGAGAAAGACACACUUGUAAAACAACAUUUACAGACUAAUGAGAAAACUCUCUCGGAGAAAGAUGCAGCAUUAAUGGAAAUGGAUGCAAAGCUUAAAAGUGCUACUGAACAGAUUAAGGAGAAAAACACACAACUAGACAAUAUAAACAAACUGAUGAGUGAGAAAGAUACACAACUGGAGAACACUGUAAAAGAGCUGGAAAUCAAUAAAAAUCAACUGGAGACUUUGGGACAGGAGCUGCAGGACAAGAACAGAGAACUAGAGGAGAUUAUGGGCGUACUGGAGCAACAGAAAACCGAGUUAGAAGGAAAAAAACAACAGUUAGCAAAGAGAGAGAGACAGCUAAUGGAAAGAGAUAGACAGCUUCAGGAGAAAGACCUACUUCUGGCAGAAAAUGCACAAGCACUUCAGAGUAAGGACAUGAAUCUGGAAAAAAUGGACACCGAACUCCGAGAGGUAAACAGCGAGUUGCAGAAAACAGCCCAGAAAUUAAAAGACAAUCAGAGACAGUUGGAAGAAAAAGAGAGACAACUAGGGACUCUUUCUGAGAAAGAUGCAGCGUUAAUGGAAUCGGAUGAAAAACUUAAAAGUGCUACUGAACAGAUUAAGGAGAAAAACAUACGACUAGACAAUAUAAAGAUACUGAUGAGUGAGAAAGAUACACAACUGGAGAACAAUGUAAAAGAGCUGGAAAUCAAUAAAAAUCAACUGGAGACUUUGGGACAGGAGCUGCAGGACAAGAACAGAGAACUACAGGAGAUUAUGGGCGUACUGGAGCAACAGAAAACUGAGUUGAUAGAAAAAGACAAACAGCUUGAAGAGAAACAGAGUCUUUUACUUAAAAGAGAGACACAGCUAAGGGAAAGAGACGAGCAGCUUCAGGGGAAAGAAAGGGACAUUACUCAUCCAGACUCUUCAGCCCCUGUCAGGAAAAGAAAUAGCAUGGAGGGGUUGCCUCCAUAUAUGGGUGGAGAAUCAUCUACUUCAGAUUCUCCAUUGUCAGUUCCUGUAACAGAGCUGAGGCUGCUACUGCUCGGGGGUAUGGGUUCUGGUAAAAGUGCAGCAAGGAACACCAUCCUGGGCAGAGAGAAGAGCCAAGCAGCUACAUCUACAUCCACCCAGCAGAGCGAGAGCACACAGGGGGAGGUGGCUGGGAGGAAGGUGACUGUGGUGGACACUCCUGACUGGUUCUCUCCUGGACUCUCUCUGGAGAAGCUGAGACAGGAUGUGGGACUCUGUGUCUGUCUGUCUGCUCCAGGACCCCACGCCUUCCUCCUGGUCAUACCUGUAAAGCAGCCUACAGGAGAGGACCGAGGGAUGCUGGAGAAAAUGGAGGAGAUGUUUGGAGAGAGAUGUUGGAGAAACACAAUGAUCAUAUUCAGUGUUACUGAUGAGCUUCAGAAGAAGAACAUUGAGGAGUUUAUCCAAUCAGGAAACCAGGAGCUCCAAAGGCUUGUAGAGAAAUGUGGGAACAGGUUUCACUGUCUCAACAUUGAGGAGAGUGGAGAUGGUUCUCAGGUCUCAGAGCUGCUGGAGAAGAUAGAGAAGAUGGUGGAAGGAAGCAGAGAGAAAUUCUACAGCAGUGAGAUCUACCUGGAGACAGAAUCUCAGAUUAGAGCAAUGGAGACAAAGAUCCUGAAGGAAAGAGAAGAGAAAAGAAUAAGUGACGAGAGAGAAAUGAGGGAAAAACUGCAAAAGGAGGUGCAGGACUCUCUAAGAAAGAUAGAGGGAGUGAUCCAAGAUCAUGAAGGAGACAUCAGACAACUUAAUGACCGAACAUCUGAACUGGAGAGAAAGAUGAAAGAAGAGAAGGACGAGGAAAAAAAGAGAGAACUUGACAGGGAGCUGAAACGAGAGGUAGAGCGAAGGACAGAGAUGGAAGAAAAGGUGAAGAAACUGAAAGAAAAGAGAGAGAGGGAGAGGAGAGAGAUGGAGGAGAGGCACCAAAAGGAGAUGGAGGAGAUCAGGGAGGUGUAUGAAAUGGAGGUAGAGAGAAACCUCAAGAAGAUCAUCCUGCCUGAACUCCAGAGAAACAUUUUGGCCUCAAAAACUAAGAUGCAGGAAGAGUUCAACAGCCAGAUGGAGGACAAGGACAGAGAGAUGGAGAUACUUAAAGAGAAACUUUCCAAGCUGACAGAGAUCCACAGUCUGCUAAAAGAAGCAUACCAGACAACCAUGUUGACCUUAAUAGAACCAAAGUAAAUUCAGAAAUUCCCAGUAGGCUGAGAGCAUCCAGCAGGAGAGAACGACUAAAAGUACAUAUUAGGGUUUAGAUACACUUUCAUGUAUACUUUCAUGGUAUACACGAUUAUAUAUUUUGUUUCCUUGUAAGUUUUUGUUUUACCAGUAUAGAUUUAUGGGAUUAGUUGUAGGUGACUGUAAAUAUGAUACAAAUUCUUUUUAAAGUGGGUAGACUGGUAGAAAAAAGUUAUUUAAGACUCAGGAAAAAAGUUAUUUCCAUACAUUGUCCUUUGUAUUUGUAACACAAGCUGGAAUGUGUUUACACGACCGAGCCCAUCUUUAGAAUGGGUGACAUUUGUCAUUUUAAAAAACUAUAUUUUUUAAAAAGUCUGUGUGCCAUGAUGGUACUUUGAUUGUCUUUGGUUAGUCCUGCUAGUUAUAAAAUGUAAAUGGAAUUGCAUAAAAAUAAGUAAAUAUAAAUAUACAUUUGAUUCACAUAUCACGUUCUGUAUAUAGGUGUUAUAAUUAGAAUGCAUAAUAAAUAUUAUGAGCCAUG